AUGCCGAUGGAUAUCCUUAAUGGGAGAGACUUGGAGGACAGUAGAGCUGACAAUCUUGAUGAUUGGGUGAAAAACCAUCAUGAUAGAUUAAAGACCGCUGUUGAAGUAGCCAACUCAGCAGCACAGGAAGCUUCAAGGCGAAGAAAAAGAGCUUAUGAUCGGAAAAUCGCAUGCCGCACUUAUGAGACCUGGACUGAGUUGCUGAAUGGAAGUCCGGUGGCAUGGCAGGGUUUAGCAGGGGGGAAUAUCCUGAGGGACUCCUGCGUUCCUCCACACCAGCGUCCGGCCGAACACACUCUCUGUCCAACAGACUUUGACUCUCUCAGCGAGCUAACUGAGGCGUUGUUGGACGGCUGUACGGAUUGGUCUGUGGACUACCUGAAAUACAGAGUUCUGCUCGGGGAGCCUGUGAGGAUUAAAUGUGCUUUAUUUUAUGGAUACAUCCGUGCGAACUACACACAUGCUCAGAGCGCCGGACUCAGUCUGAUGUGGUACAAGAGCGCGGGCCACGGAGACUUCGAGGAGCCCAUGUCAUUCGACGGGAGCCGGAUGAGUAAAGAAGAGGACUCCAUCUGGUUCAGACCGGCCGAGUUACAGGACGCCGGACAUUACUCGUGUGUGUUGAGGAACUCCUCGUACUGUAUGAAAGUGUCGAUGUCGCUCACGGUGUCCGAGAACAACACGGGUCUCUGCUACAACUCCAAGAUGAGGUACUUCGAGAAGGCCGAGCUGAGUAAGAGCAAAGACAUCUUCUGUCCUGAUAUCGACGACUACAUACAGAGUGGAAAAGAGCCAGAGAUCACAUGGUACAAGGAAUGCCGGCCGAAACAGUGGAGACAGAGCAUUGUCAGGAAGGUGGAUGUGCUCUCCAUCAAAGACGUACGGGAAGACGAUAUCGGGAAUUACACCUGUGAAUUACAGUUUGGGAGUUUUGUGGUGAGGAGGACCACUGCUCUGUCCGUCACAGCACCACUGACUGACAAGCCUCCCAAGAUCCUCUACCCAUCUGAAAACAAGAUGAGUGUUAUGGAGAUGCAGCUGGGCAGCCCAGUGAACCUGACCUGCCGAGCGUUCUUUGGCUACAGCGGGGACGUGAGUCCUCUCAUCUACUGGAUGAAGGGAGAGAAGUUCAUUGAGGAUCUGGAUGAAAGCCGAAUCAGAGAAAGUGAAAUUAAAACUAUUCGGGCACACUUAGGAGAACAGGAGGUUUCCAUCUCGCUGACCAUAGAUGCUGUGGAGGAGAGUGACCUGGGUAACUACUCCUGUUAUGUGGAGAACGGCCAUGGCAGACGACAAGCCAACAUCCAGCUCAGCAAGAGGGAACUCAUGUACACGGUGGAGCUGGCUGGAGGUUUGGGAGCCAUUCUGCUGAUGUUGAUAUUUUUGGUGUCCCUUUAUAAGUGUUACAGAAUUGAACUCAUGCUCUUCUACAGAAAUCACUUUGGCAGUGAGGAUGUGGAUGGAGAAAAUAAAGACUACGAUGCAUACGUGUCCUACACUAAAGUGGAUCCAGACCAGUGGAGUCAGGAAACCACAGAGGAGGAACGUUUUGCUUUGGAGAUUCUGCCAGACGUUAUGGAAAAGCAUUAUGGGUAUAAACUCUUCAUUCCUGACAGGGACUUGAUCCCAACUGGAAGUUUCAGGAAUGAUCAUUUCCAGGAUGACACAAGACUCCUUAGAGCCUACAUCGAGGAUGUGGCUCGCUGCGUCGACCAGAGUAAACGUCUCAUCAUUGUCAUGACACCCAACUACGUGGUGAGGCGCGGCUGGAGCAUCUUUGAGCUGGAGACGCGGCUGCACAACAUGCUGGUCAACGGCGAGAUCAAAGUCAUCCUCAUUGAAUGUGCUGAACUGCGGGGAAUUAUGAACUACCAGGAAGUGGAGGCUCUCAAACACACUAUCAAACUGUUGACGGUCAUCAAGUGGCCGGGUCCCGAGAGCAGCAAGCUCAACUCCAAGUUCUGGAAGCAUCUGCAGUAUGAAAUGCCGUUUAAGCGGCCAGAACCCAAGCUGUCACAUGAGCAGGUGCUGGAUGUCAGCGAGCAAGGCCCGUUUGGAGAGCUGCAGACCGUCUCUGCCAUUUCUAUGGCUGCAGCCACCUCCACCGCCAUGGCCACAGUGCAUCCUGAGCUGCCCUCCACCUUCCACAACACGUACCACACACAGCUGCGGCAGAAGCACUACUACAGGAGCUACGAGUACGACAUUCCCUCAUCUGGCACCCUCCCGCCGCUGUCCUCACUUGGCAGCCAACACACCUACUGCAACAUCCCCAUGACACUGCUGAAUGGCCAGCGAGUACAGGGGAAGCCGGGCCACCUGCAGCAGCAAGCCCUGGAGGAGCAGCACGUCAACAACGCCAUGCUGCCACUGCUGCCCCGCGAGACCAGCAUUUCAAGUGUGAUCUGGUGACAGCAUGGGGAAUGGACAUUUCUGUGAAUGCUACUUAUUAAGACCCUUAAAAACUGCUGCUGUUGACUUUGCACCGUGAUUCACAGGGGUUCGAAACUGAAGGGAUGUGAUGAAGACAGAUCAACGUGGAGGUUCAUUCUCACAAACAGCUCAUUCAUACUCUCUCAAGGAAUACAGGGUCUUGUACAUAUGUUUGCAGUUUCUUUGUAGCAUUAGAUUUUUUUUCAGUUUUGAUCUUCUGUUUUCUUUUUCAAAUGUCUGAUUUGUCCUUUACCCCUUAUGAAACGACUGAGCAGAGACACCUGAGACAAAGUAAAGACUGACCUGUUGUGUUUUUCUCUUGACUUGUUUUCAAGUACAAUACUUGUUUUGUAAGUCAUUAUGGAAUUUGUGAUGUUGUACUGUUCUAUUUUAUUUUAUUUUAUUUUUUGUAGUCAGUCAGUGAGAUGUAUCUGCUUUGAAGAAAAACACCAUUAUGCAAAUACUCCUGAGGCCUGGAAGCUCUUCUUCUUGCUGAAUAAACAACUGAGCAGAUGAUGUUCAAGAGGAAAAACUAGAUGUUGUAACGAUGCUCUAGUGUCUCUGCUUCUCUCUGUUUCUCUCUCUAAGCUGUUGAGACUUUCUGUAAGAAAAGAAAGAAAAAAACAGCUUUGCUGUUCAGCUUGAUAGUGAGAACUUAAGAAAAAAUAUAUUAUUUUAAAAGAAAAAAAAAAUCUAUUUUAUAACAAAAUGAUUUUCUUGGAAAGACACAGUAGGUAAUUUCAUUCAUGUCAU